AUGGGGCCGCGCCUGGCGCUGCUGGCGGCGCUGCUGGCCGCGCCGCGUUCACAAGUAUUUUUGCACAUCACAAUUCCACAGAGGUUACUAUCAAAUAAAACUGGAGAGACGGACACAGUGUCCUACGUCAUCACGAUAGAGGGGAGGCCGUAUACCGUCCACCUGAAGCGGCAGCUCUUUUUAUCUGAUGAUUUCAGGAUUUACACAUACAAUGAGAAGGGAACUUUGCACUCUGAUAUGCCCCAUAUCAAGGAUGAUUGCUACUACCAUGGGUACAUUGAAGGCUUCCCAAACUCAGCAGUGACUCUCAGUACCUGCUCCGGGCUCAGAGGCCUGCUGCAGUUUGAGAACGUGAGCUAUGGGAUUGAGCCUCGGGUUUAUUCACCUGCGUUUGAGCACUUUGUUUAUCAGAUGAGUAAUGAGAACACAGCGGGUUUCCUCUUUGCAAAUUUAAGACCUUUUUUUUUGCAGUUGUUGUCAAGCCUCCCCAGACAUAUGGAACUGUAUGUAGUUUUGGAAAAGACUUUGUACAAGCACAUGGGUUCUGACAACAAUAUUGUGACAAAGAAGGUAGUUCAAAUCAUCAGCUUUCUCAGCAAUAUGUUUAAUUCCCUUAAUCUAACAAUUGUGCUGUCCUCAGUGGAGUUCUGGACAAAUAAGAAUAAAAUUCUGACAACAGGGGAAGGAGAAGAAGUGCUACAGCGAUUUUUAGAGUGGAAACAGGCAAACCUUUUUCUGCGGCCAUAUGAUAUGCCUUAUUUAUUUCUUUACAGGGCUCGACCAACAUACGUAGGCGCCACAAUCCCAGGGCAGGCAUGCCAGCAAGAGACUGCUGGCGGAGUGGCCGUGUACCAGAAGGCUGUGACCCUGGAGUCAUUUUCCAUCAUCCUGGCGCAGCUGCUGGGGCUGAGCCUGGGAAUGACCUAUGACAAGUCCAGAGACUGCCGGUGUCCCGGCUCCGUUUGUAUAAUGAAUGCUAAUGCACUACGUUUCAGUGGGGUAAAAGCCUUUAGUACCUGCAGCAUUCGAGACUUCGAAAAGUUUCUCAAGCGAAAUAGAGACUGCCCUUUCAGUAGAUCCCAUGUGAGUGAACCAUCCUACAGGAAAACUCCAGUCUGUGGCAAUGGCGUUGUGGAACGAGGAGAGCAGUGUGACUGUGGGUCAGUAGAGGCAUGUGCAAAGGACAAAUGCUGUACUCCCCAGUGUAAGUUCAAACCAGGAAUGAAGUGUUCCUCCGGAUUAUGCUGCGAAAAUUGUCAGUUUAAACAGAAGAACACCAAAUGCCGGGCCCUCUCUGAUGUGCAGUGUGAUCUCGCAGAGUACUGCAAUGGGACCUCUGCGUCCUGUCCUCCAGACUAUUAUAUUCAGGAUGGGCAUGAAUGUGAGCAUGGCACUGGUUACUGCUACAAAGGACGCUGCCAGUCUCCUGACCUGCAGUGCCAGAGACUCUAUGGGAAAGGUGCAAAAAAUGCUCCUUUGGCGUGUUAUGAAGAAGUCAACAGUCAACAAGAUAGAUUUGGACACUGUGGAAAUCACCCGAAAGAUGGGUAUCAGGCCUGUUCUUGGCUGAAUCUAGGAUGUGGAAAGUUAAUAUGUACAUAUCCGAAUCGUAUUCCAUUCACGCAAAUUAAAGGCGCCGUGAUUUAUGCUCAAGUGCAAGAACAUUUGUGUGUGUCUUUUGAUUAUAUGCGCGGACCCACAGUGCCAGAUCCUCUUCUGGUUAAAGAAGGCACAAAAUGUGAUUCAGGAAAGGUUUGUCUGAAUGGCACUUGCCAUCCACAUUCAGUCUUGAAGUAUGAUUGCAAUCCACAGAAAAAAUGCUUCGGACACGGAGUGUGUAAUAAUAAGAAGGUUUGCCAUUGUUUUCCGGGCUGGAAACCUCCAAACUGCAAGGUUCAAGGAUCUCCUUCGGGCGGCAGCAUCAGCAGUGGGCCACGGAUGCUGGAUGCUGAUCUUAUCUCAAAAAGCUCCUCCAACGACACACUGAAAACCUGGCUACUGCUCAGCUUCUGUCUCUUCCUCCCUAUUGUUGUUGGUGGGACUGUCCUGAUCCUGAAGUGGAAGCAGCUGAACAGAUUCUGUGAGAGGAAGGGAUUGCAAACUAACGGGUCAGAAGAUGGCAGCCUGUCCAGCUACGAGAGCUCCGCCGCCGAGGAGGGCAGCGCCGCUACCGAGGAGUCGGGGCCGGAGCCGGAGCCGGAGCCGGAGCCGGGGACACCUGUGGGCGGGGGACCAUCGCCGUUGGUGUGGGGACCCCCCAUGAGCACCAUUGCCAUUAGUGCGGGGACCCCCGUGGGCCGUUGGUGUGGGGACCCCCCACGGGCACCGUGA